CUUUUGUGGCAAGUUGAAAUCACCAACAGCCAGACAUCAAAUGAAGAAAUUCUUGAAAACUGAACGUGACACAGAAAAUCCACCCAGGGACAACAUCUUAUGAAGGGAAAGGAUGUGUGAAGACAUUCUGCCAGCAGUCACAGCACACGAGGGAUCAGAGGACACAGGCGUGUAAAAGCAGCUUCAUGUAUAAAUCCCUUCUCAGUAACUGUCAGAGACUUAAAGAGGAGACACCCUGUGCACAUAGACAGUGCAGAAAUGCAUUCUCUUGGAAGUCACACCUCACUGAACAUCGGAGAAGUCCUAUCGGUGAGAAGCCAUAUGAGAGUUCAGGAUGUGAGAACGCUUCCCACACCAAGUCUCAGCGUCAGAUCAGUCAUACAGAUGAGAAGCCCUACAGAUGUCUGGAAUGUGGGAAGUAUUUCUACUACAAGUCUCAAAUCACUGAACACCAGAGAAGUCAUACCGGCGAGAAGCCUUAUGAGUGUACAGAAUGCGGGAAAUCAUUCAGCUAUAAGUCACAUCUCACUGUGCAUCAGAGAAGUCAUACAGGGGAGAAGCCACAUGAAUGUACGGAGUGUAGGAAAGUUUUUUACUAUAAGUCACAACUCACUCGACACCAGAGGAGCCAUACAGGGGAGAAGCCGUAUGAAUGUUUGAAAUGCGGAAAAUCUUUCUACUGUAACACACACCUUUCUCUGCAUCAGAGAAUUCAUGUAAGUGAGAAACCUUAUGAGUGUACGGAAUGCGGCAAAGCUUUCUCUUUCAGUGCGUGCCUCACUCGACAUCAGAAGACUCAUACAGAUGAGAAGCCAUUUGAGUGUCCACAGUGCCCCAAAGCUUUCUACUUUAAGAAACAGCUUACUCAUCAUCUGAAGACGCAUACUGCUGAGAGGCGCUUUGAAUGUAAACAGUGUGGGAAAGCGUUCUACUGGAGGUCUAACCUUACUUUGCAUCAGAAAACUCAUACCGGGGAGAAGCCUUAUGAAUGUAAACAGUGUGGAAAAGCCUUUUACUGCAAGUCCCACCUCACUGUACAUCAGAGAACUCACAUAAGUGACAAGCUCUUCCAAUGCACAGACUGUAGGAAAGCAUUUUAUUCUCAGGCACAGCUUACUGUUCAUCAGAAGACUCACACUGAUGAGAAGCCCUAUGAAUGUAAGCAAUGUGGGAAAGCCUUCUACAGCAAGUCUGGGCUUACAGCACAUCAGAAAACUCAUACAGGUGAGAAGCCCUAUGAAUGUAAACAGUGUGGAAAAGCCUUCUAUAACAAGUAUUUGCUCAUUGAGCAUCACCGAGUUCAUACAGGUGAGAAGCCCUAUCAAUGCACGGAAUGCAAGAAAGCAUUCUACUGCAAGAAAUACCUUUCUCUACAUCAGAAAACUCAUGCAAGUGAGAAGUCAUUUCAUUGUGCCGAAUGUGGGAAAGCUUUUUCCUGGAUGUCACACCUCACUCAGCACCGGAGAAUCCAUACAGGUGAAAAGCCCUACACGUGUGAACAAUGUAGGAAAGCUUACUACUUCAAGAAACAACUCACUCGGCAUCAGAGAACUCACGCGCGUGACAAGUCGUUAGAUGCAAAUAAUGCAGGACAUGUCACAGCAAAUCCUUCUCUGUGCAUGAAAGAACUUCUACAGAGGAGAAACCCUGUAAGUGUAUCAAAUGCAGACGUUCUUCCUCAUGUCAUGCCUCACUCAGUGGCGGAUGAGAAAGCCUAGGAGUGUAACGAAUCUGAAAGCUCAUCCAAGUGUAUAAUCAGAACGCUUGCAGGUGAGAAUCUGACUAGUGUGAAAACUCUGGGAAGGUCCUAGUGUAAGUCAGCCGUAACUCUACCAGUGAACGCAUACCACAGUGAGACAUACAACUGUGAAGAGUGUUGGAAGGCAUGGUACCACAGUGCUCUCUGUAAAAGAAGCCAUACGUGGGAAUGUCUCCUGUUGAUAUAAAACAUGUAGAAAAGCUGUGUUGUUCUUCAGCUGAAUUGAGUGUAUUGUAGGUGAGUAACAUUGAAUGGAAAGAACAGAGGAAAACUUUCUAAGUUCCAUGAAUUCACACCUGGAAACUUAUGCAGGUGUGGGGCCCAAUAAAAUUAAUAAAAAUAGACAUGUUUUGAAAUAGAAGUCAGGCCUCUACAUUAGAAACUUCAUAUGUGAUAUGCCAGGUACAGCAAAAAUUGUAGUGAGAUAUGUACCAUAUGCUUUCAAGUCUAGAUCAUCAUCCUGCAGGUUUAUUCACACACAGUAAUUGAGGACUAGCCUUAGCAACAUACGAUAUCAUUCCAUGUGUUUAAAAGCAAUGAAGCCUUCUUGAAGUGCCCCAUGUCAGCUAAUGAAUUUAUUGCAACCUUUGUGUUUAAAACCCCACGAAUAUGAAGAGUACCAAAACUCUGGAAUUGAACUUAAAAUUCAUCUGGCCUCAGAAACCCAAUAGAGAUGAUUAAGCAGAGGAGUGCAAUUUGAAAACACUUUCGUAGUCCAGCUGAGUUUAUUACAAAGAUUCACCAACAAAGCAUAGAUGUAAGGAGUCUAGAACAGGCAUUCGGCCAUGUUACCACAGCACCAGCCAUCAGUUAACACAUGAAAGAGCACAUUUGAAGUUUAAACGUUAACUUGUUUAAAUGUGGCUCAGUGGCAGUUUGCAUAUGAGUCUUGUACUGUAUAUCUUCACAUAGUUAUCUUCACAUGUGUUAUCUUGAUUUAGAAUAUUUACAUUCAUGCGGCAUUUGUAAAUCAGUUAAAAUUGUCUACAAGUUUUAAUGUCUCAUCAGACAUGAACAUUUUGAUGCUUUUUUGGCAUUUUGAUGUCACAUUUUUAUAGUUGUUUAGUUUUGAGACAAAAUCUUGAUUGGUAGCUUGAGUGUCCUCUGGCUUCUGCAUGUGCAUAGUUACGUACCCAUACACAUGCAUACGGGACGUGAGCACACAGUAGAAAAAUACCAAUUUUGUUAUACAUUAGGAAAUUGUGUAGCAAAACAUCAGUAUAUGUAAUUUUCAUGUUAAUUUUCAAAUGAAGUCAUAAUAAUAUUCCUUGCCAAUA